AUGGACGCCAAGCAUUGCGACACCCACGCGCCCAGUGGCCGUUCUCCAAGCAGCGGGAGCACCUCAAGGGAUCUCUGCAAUCAGCCGCUCGAUGACCAGGAGCAAGACAUCUGCAACACCUACCAAAGAGCCAAGCCGGAAUGGGACGAGGGGGCAAUGCCGGAGCUGGCGACUCCAGACAGCGCCGACCACGCCGAGGCAGCACAUCUUGCCAUCCUCCACUCGCCUCUCUCUCGUGCAUCACACACUGAUCAGCAGAGAUUAGAAGUAGAAGGUGUUCUGCUUUCGAAAACUCGAGAAGGCGCAGCAAGCUGUUGCCGUAAGUUCAAACAGCGGGGAUCCGUCAACGUGCGCAGGAAGCCUAAGGCGAGGCGUCUGAAACUGAAUUUUGAUGGCUCGUCCAAGCACGAGGAGUCCAGGCGUGCCAGCAUCGGGGUCGGGGCAUUCGGCGGCGUGUUCCGCGAUUACAAAGGCAAGUUUGUCUUGGGCUACGCGGGACGGAUCAACAAGGCCACGAGCUCCGUUGCUGAGCUGGUCGCGCUCAGGCGCGGCCUCGAGAUGGCUCUGCACAACGGGUGGCGCGACGUCUGUAUCGAGGGCGACUGCAAGGCCGCGGUUGAAGCGAUAAGGAGCCGCGUGCGUGUCCGGUGCGAGCAAGGACAAGGAGCAGUUCAGGGCGAUCACCGCGAUGCUCCCGCGGCUCGGUGUGUGGGCCGGAAACGCAACACGGUGGCGGACCGCUUCGCCGAGCUCGGCCACGAGGCGGGGACGCAGCGGGUGUGGCGCAGCGUUCCUCCAGACGAGGUACUCCUGCACCUUCGGCGAGAUGCAGAGCUGCGAAUGCAGAUUAAGGUAAAGAGGAAGAUGGUGAAGUGA